AUGAACGUGGGUUGGUUGAGAACAAUAGUUCUACCUGAUCUGGAGUCGCGCUGGGAAAAGUUGAAAGAGGAAAAUAAGUCCAUCUUCGGCAAAGUAUGGUACUCUUCCAUCGUACACCCCAGAUUAUAUGGGGCGCAUUAUGAUGCCGUCGCCGAAUACGUCUUAGCGAAAGAGGGGCUGAUAACCACCAUCGCGAAAAGCUUGGCUCCAUUCAAGCAAUUACAUACUUUCGCCUUCGUCGAACCCGAGAUCGAUGCCUGGAGCCGUUACGAAACGCUUUUCAAGGAAGUUGGUGAAGAGCACGGCCGCUUACAGGGAUGUAGGAGCCCAUAUGCCAGGGGCUCAAAGCGAGACGCAAGCUCGGAGGCCAUCGCAUACAGCGGGAUGAUGAUCGGCCUUGACGUUGCACUUCGAGCUCUACAGCGAGCCGAAAUCCACCCAACCAACUUCGCAAUGCCAGUACCUUCUAUUGGAUUCCAAUCCUUCAAGACCUCCGUUUCGAAAUACGUCUUGAGCGAGGUUCUCACACAAACAAACAAGCUAUGUCUCAACCACCUAUCGUUGAGAUUCCUUCGUGUUGGGAGUAGUAACGACGACAGACUCACCUUGACAAAUGUCUAUUCUCGAGAGACCCCCCCACCGGUUCACACCGAAAUACUCUUAACCAAUGACAGCUUCCCCAGCCUACGCGACCUGACUUUAUAUUUUGGCCAGGUCAGAUCUGCGAACAAUCCGGGUCCAGCCACCCACGGCUGGAAGGCAGCAGAACUUGAGUCCCUAACCAUUCGAUACGACCCCCGAUUUGAAGCAUCGGCAAAUGGUAUUCUAUGGCACGAAGACUGUUUGAACCACUUCCAUCAAAGUCUCAAACACCUGACGAUUGUUAACGCUUUUUGCGGCAACUGGAAUAACUUCUUCCGCGACAUCGCAAAGGCUCAGCUGGAAACACUGGAUAUUGUGAUUGAGGAUGAUGUUCUCGGGAUGGUUAGGACCAAAGUGCCGUCUUUUAACGACGUAGAGAACGGGUUGGUGUGUGUUCAGGAGCGGUUUAAGAAGGCCGCCGAGAAGGUGGAGGUAAGACCGGAUUGGGUUUUCGAUCUUGUGAAGCGGGUGUGGAAAAAUCAGGAUGAUAUUGUUGAUCGGUUGUUGGAGGAUAGUGAUGAGGAGGGUGGGUUUGAUUGGGAGGAGGACGAUGAUGAUGACGAGGAAGUUGAAGGAUGA